UAAGAGUUAAACAUUUAAUACAAGAUUUUUCAUAAGUUUAACUUAAAAUAAUUAUAAAAGAACUUAAAUUUUGGUGUAUUAAGGCAUUAAAACAUAAACCACCUUUUUCACCAACCACUGGAAAUUAUAUCCUAGGCUGACAAAUCAUCUUCGUUCAGAAUUGUUUUUCGUAUACAAUGAUAAUUAUCAUUGGAUUCAAAUUUAACACUCCUAUAAUCAAGGGCGUCUCUGGCCCUAUUUUCAAGGGGGGGCGACUUAUUGAUACAAUUUAAAAAAAAAACCGUAAAAGGCCGUAUUAUAAUGUAUAUGUUAACCUAUUUAAACAACUAGGAGCGCUAUUCUAAAAUGUUUAAUUAUUUUACUUUAUUCGGUGUACACUUUUUGUAUCAUAAUUACAUAUAAUUACGAAAAUUAUAAAGUAGGUACUAUUAAAUAGAAAUAAAAACAGAGGCUCUGGGGGGGCGAUCGCCCCAUCCCCCCCCAGAAAUACGCCCUUGCCUAUAAUAUAUAAUAGUGAUCCAUACAGCACCUAAUGUAUAGCAGAGCGGUACCCAGUCACCAGCUUUUUUUUUUUGAAGUGUCGAUAAAAAAAUUUUGGUUUCCCAAAAAUCUUGAAAAUUUAAUACAACGAACAAGUUAAUGGAUUGUUUAGAUCAUAGUUUAUUUGUAAAUAUUUUGACGUCGUUAAAGAGUAAAAGUGACUUGAUAUGGACAUUAAAAACUUUAAAUACAGGACAAUUUGCUUUGAAUUCUCAAGAAACACGCUUAUCAAAUAAUGAAAAAAAAAAGAUACUAGAACAAAAUAUAAAAUUAACAAUUUUGAUGGUAAUACCAAUAAACAGUAUUGGUUUAGAUUAUGCUACAAAAAAAGCAAUGGAAAUACUCGAAGAUCUUCAGAGUAUUAAAAAAAAUACAACUAUUAGAAUGAUGGGAUACAUUUUAAUUAAAAUUCUGAAAUCAAAACUCCAAGGUUUAUAUAUAAAUGAACAAAAAUUGUUAAUGAUGAAAUCCAACUUUAACAAAACUCCAGUGAUAUUUGUUCCAAGUCAUAGAAGUUAUCAAGAUUUUAUACUUAUGGCAUUCAUAUGUUUCAAUUAUAAUAUUGAUAUUCCAUAUGUUGCUGCAGCAAUGGAUUUUAAAAACAUGAAAAUAAUGGGGAAUGUAUUAAAGCAAUGUGGUGCUUUUUUCUUGCAUAGAGGGAAAAAUGCACAAGAUAUUGUGUACCGAUCAGUGUUGUAUGCUUAUGUUAAACACUUGAUAACUUAUGAGAGUUCGCCCUUGCAAUUUUUUAUUGAAGGUACUCGCAGUCGGUCUAAUAAGUCUAUUCAUCCAAAGCUAGGUAUACUUAAGUGUAUUAUUGAUGUUUUAUUAAAAAAUGAAGUUCAAGAUAUCAUGAUUGUUCCAAUAUCAAUUAAUUAUGACCGACUUCUUGAGGACAAAUUAUUUAGUUAUGAACUUCUAGGAAUUCCUAAGCCAAAAGAAACAACUUUGGGAUUAAUUAAUAGCAUUAAAAAUAUGGAUGACCAAUAUGGUAAUAUAUAUAUUAAUUUUGCUUCUCCUAUUUCACUCCAAAAAUAUAUUGAAGAUAUUAAUGUAAAUGGAAAAAAUAACGAAAAUAAUAUAGUAUCGACCCUUGCACAUGAAAUUGUUUAUAGGCAACAACAUAAUAUGAUUUUAUCAUACUCUAACAUUUUAGCAGUUGCAUUGAUUUAUAACUUAUCUAAAAACAAGACUGAAGAUAUUCAUUUAAAUAUAAUAAUUAAUCAAAUAAGUUGGAUAAGUACACUUUUUAAAAAAUGUGGGGCUCAAAUUGAAGUGGAAGCAAUUGAUAUUACUAGUAGAAUUAUUGAGACUAUUCAACUGCAUCAACACUUUAUAACAUUGAAUGAAAAUAUUAUAGGUUUUCAAAAAAACUAUUCAAAAUACAAUAACAUUUAUCCAGUUAAUUUCUCAGGGAAUCUACAUUUUAAAACUGAAUUAUUUGAUAAUGCAUUCCCAUUAAUUUUAAAUCAACUUUAUGUCAAUCCUUCAUUACACUUCAUUAUAAAUAUUGCAUUUAUAACUUUAAUUUCAAAAUGUCAAAUAAUUUGGAAAAAUGAGAUCUUGGACUUAGAAGAAAAAUUUAUUUUGCUAAGAAGAUUAUUUGAGUUUGAAUUUGUACUUUUUCAUGGCAGUCAGAAAGAAGAAUUUAAACAUAGUAUUUCAGUUUAUCUUCAUAUACACGAAAAAGAAAAAGAACUACUUCGUUAUUUAACUAUUAACCCAUUUGUAAUAUGUUAUCGGCUAAUAUAUAUUUGUUUGAUAAACAUACAUCAAAAGAUAAUUUCAGAGGAAUUACUUUAUAAAUCAAUUCACAUGAAAGUUGAAGAUUUGCAAGCACAUCCUUUCGGUUUGGUCAAAGAUAUAAUUAAAUCUGCUUUAGAAGGACUUCAUAAAAUGAAAAUAAUUGAAAAAUAUAAAAAGAAUGAUAUAAUAUUGUAUGAAAUAAAUAGAACUAUAAUAAUGGAGUUGGUUCAAAUAUUUGAUAAUAUUAUAUCAAAUGGGAACAAUUUAUUGAAAUCAAACAUUUAAAUCUAAGAUUUAUUUAAAAAUAAAAAGAAGAUACCUAAUUAAUUAUUUUUUAUUAGUUUUGCUUAUUAGCUAUUAGGUACUCAGAAAUUUUUAUUUUUAAACAUUUGUUUGACUAUAUUACUGUAUCAUAAUUAUUUGACUCUGUAUUAAUAUUUAUUUUUGUAGCUGCUAAUAGAAAAUAAUAUUAUAACUACAAAUAUUUGACUAGGUAUCAAUAUGUAUAAUCAAUAAAAUAGAAUGUUAAGUGUUUAAUAGAUUCCAAUAUAACAAAUUAUAAUUAAUAGCAAAUUAAUUAUUUGAUUUAUUUUUUUACUUAAUAACUAAGGGCCAUUUUUACAAUUUUCGGUUAGUAUCUGAUAACGCUAACCAGCACGAUUUCUUAUGUGUUAACCGAUAAAAUUCCACCAGUUAGUCUUAACCGACACUUAACCGGACAUUAUAAGAACGGCCCUAAAUACACAUAUAAAUAUUUUCCUAUGAAAUAAUUGUAAAGGUUUAAAUUUAUUAUCAGUUGUUCAGUGUUCUAUGGUGCAAAAAGCAACGAGUAAUGAUUGCAGUAGUAUAUUUAUCCCUAUUCUCUUAGAUCCUUGUAACAUAGUGUCCAAUUUCUUUUAGAGUUUAAUUGUUGUAAAAUCAAUUUGAUGGUUAUAGAAAUAAAAAUAUUGUCCUAUACCUACGCAUAACGCAUAAUUUAGAAAUAAUAUUUUUAAGUAAAUAAAAUGUUAUCAACAUUUUUAAACUGAGUUAUAAUUAUAUAAUUU